UUUGAAUCAAUCAUAUUAACUUUAAAACCCGAACCUUCGAACCUUGUUAAAUAAAAGAAAAGUCUUACAAUACUUCUCUUAUUGUUUAAAGAUAUAAUUAAUUGGUAGUGGAUAUUUUUGAGAAAUUAAUUAAAUAUGUUAAUAAUUUCAAAUAUGCUUUAUAGCAAGCUUAACUCAAAAUGUCCGACUAUUAAAAUACAUUAGAUGCUUCAUCAUGCUUUAAUAAAUCCUGUGAAUCAUUUAAAGAAAAUUAACUUGAUAAUAGAAGUAAGAAUUUUAAUUAUCAACAAGAUUUUACUCCUAAGAACCCUACUAAUAGACCUUAAACUGCAAGAGUUGAUUAUUUCGAUCCUCUAAAAAAGAGAAGAAAUUAACAAAGCUACAACAGAGUUGUUUGGAUAAAAUUUAAAUACAAAUAAAGGAGAUUCUUUAUGGAUAUAAUCUCCAAUUAUAUCAAGUUACAAGUAGAUCAAUUAAUAUGAUCAAAUAAAAUACUCCUUAGAAUAAUGAAACCUUUCUUAAAUCAACGUUUUUAGCUCCUGAAUAAAACAGAG